GACUGACAGACUCUCUUCACUCUAACUAUAAAAACUCAAACUCAAUUCACCUGAACAGCAAAAACGAAGAAAUCACUCAUCCUCAUCUCAAUCACAAACUAACCUCAACCACUAAAACGGAAAACGAAAAACGAAAACCGAAAAGAAAUCGAAUUGAAGCUAUAUAGAUAUCGAAUCGAAUUGAAAGUUUAUAAGACAUGAUUAUCGAUUCAUCAUCAUCUUCCAAUUCAUCAUCAUCAGAAGUCGAAUCAGAUCAAUUCUUUCAAACUUAUUUACCUCAUCCUAUCAGUGAUCAUUCAAGUCGUCAUUCUUUAUUCAAACCAAUGCAUUCCAAUCAAUCUCUCGAUACUCUUUCAAACCAUCAACUCUCUUCUCCUUCUCCUUCUCCCAUCUCUUCUUUCGAUCCGAUCUUAAUCUCUGAUUCUUCAAACGAAACUUCAAACUCUUCUUCUUCUUCUUCUGAAUAUUCCACUUCUACUCCUUCUUCUCUUAUUCUAUCUUCUGCUUCUUCUUCUAAUUCUCCUAUCAUCACUACUCUUCCAAUCGAACCUGCUCCUGCUCCUCCUCCUACUACUACUACCACCAUUACUACUACUACUACUUUUCAUCAUCAAUUCAUCCUACCGGGUCCAGCUUUGGUUUCUUCAAAAUGCUUUAAUUCUUCUUUAGCUGAAAUCACUUAUUAUCCCCCUCCUAACUUUGGUCUCGUCGCUCCUGGAAUCUAUAGAUCAAGUUUUCCUAAUCAUCUUCAUUUUGAAUUCCUCAAAACUUUGGGCCUCAAGAGUGUAUUAACACUUGUUCAAGAAAAAUAUUCACCUGAAUGUCUCAAGUUUUAUAAUCAAGAAGGUAUCAAAUUUAUGCAAUUCAGUAUACCGGGCAAUAAGGAACCAUUUGUUCACAUUCCAGAAGAAAAGGUUCGAUUAGCAUUAAUACACGUUUUGGAUGUUAGGAAUCAUCCGAUGUUGAUUCAUUGUAAUAAAGGAAAACAUCGUACAGGUUGUUUGGUUGGAUGUUUAAGAAAAUUGCAACAUUGGUCUUCUACUUCAAUCUUUGAUGAAUAUAGACGUUAUGCCUUUCCUAAAUCAAGAAAUAUGGACCAACAGUUUAUUGAAUUAUUCGAUUUAGCACCUGUUUGGGAUGAAAUCGAUCCUGAGUUUUCACCUGAAUGGUUAGACCUAUCAGCUUAA